UGGAUGGCUACCUUCUUGAGUUUCUCUCUGGCCAAUCUUCCUUCCUACCCUGCUUUCUCUUAGGCCUCCGUCUUCCCCUCUCCGCCAUCUUCCUUCCCCAUCUCGGCUGCCUAGGACAGCCGGCCGGGCUGCCGGGACGAGCUUCACCAUGGAAGAAAAUCACUGGGAAACCUUCAGGGGGAUUGAUUUUGGUGUAGCCGGAGAGUUUAAAGUAAAGGUGGAGGACGAGGAAGCGAGGAAUCGUACUGAUUCUACCACUUUUGGUCUGCACCAAUGUGUUUAUACCGUUGGUCCAGUCGAAUCCCAGAAGAUGGUCAAAAAGGGUAGCUUGGGUAAUCAAAUAUCAAAAGAGCAAUUUAUUUUCCUUGCUAGCUUGAACAAGCACCCAAAUGCAUUUUUUGUUGAGAACUACUACAUGGAUGGGGAUGGCAUUGGAUGUCUUGUAGUGGAGUCUCUCAACGGCAGAUUCCAAAGCUGGCUUAACUAUCAGGUUGACACGAAGAAUAAGCAGCCUAGUGCUCCUACGCUGUUUACUGCUGAUGGGAGAAUGCUGCCGACGUUGCGGACCAUCAUUUUAUCUCUCUGUAGCUUUGUAGAGCAUGUACUGGAGAAGAGAUGGUAUCCUCGGCACCUCACCAUGGAUGAUCUGUACCUCAAGAUGAUGAAUAAUCAACCUACAUUGAAAGUUUUGAUGUCUGAUGUGAUACAAGGUACUACUCCAACAAGAAUUGCCUCGGUGUGGAACCAUGUUAAGGAAAUCAUCACCCACUGUUGCACACUUGACAAUGCCACACUGAGUGGUGACAGUAGUAGCUUUUAUGACUUCAUUGGUCGUCAAUCAAAACGCGUACCAUUAGAAACAUAUACCGAUGCUUGGAGUUAUGCUGACAAGUCUGCUUACCUACUGCUCAUAAUGCAAGAAGAAAUGGUGAUGAUGAAACGAUAUGUUGAAGCGUCAGGCAUUGUUUGGCCAACUGAAGAUGGACUCAUACAACCAAUGUUGCAACUCAUCCUCGAUCACGAUAAGACAUCAACAUAUGAUACAGAUGUACCAUGGGAUUACAUCCGACUCUGCCGAAAUGUCAAUAAGAAAUUUGACGUACCUAAAUCUGUGAAGGCAGUGAUUAAAGAUCACAUUGGUUUCCUGAAGAAAAUGGAGGAGUGGACACCAAUGAUCUGGGCAAACUUGUAUGAAACUAUCGGACCUCUUUCAUUGAGGCGAUGAAACCUGGUGACUACCAAAGUCUGUUGUAUCUGGAAGCUCGUUUGGUGGAGUACUUCGGCUUGAAAGAACCGGCUGAACUUCAAGAGAGAAAUAAAUGAGGGAUUGUUUUGUUAUGUAUUGUACUGUACUAGCAGUCGUCAGCCGAAGACAUGAAUUCCGGCACCCUGCUACUACUUGUUAUGGUUGUUAUUGUACUUAUCUUCUCUGAGGACAUCCAGCACCCCCUAGUACUAUCCAUGGUUCUUAAUCCUAACAUGAAUUUUAACCAAAAA